CCACGGCGGCCUCUCGCUCGCCCCCACGCAGGGCUCGGCGCAGCGGGUUCGGCGCUGGCUGCGCCGCCGCCGGGUGAUUCAUCCCGCUCCAGCCCUCCCCGCGCCAGCAGCCGCCAAAAAUAGCGAUGCAGGGGGGGGGGAAAGCCUCCAAAUAACCUCCGCUGCCUCCCCCCCUUCCCCGCGCUACGCCAGCGGCGGGCCGGGAUGGCAGCCACCGGCCCAUGGCCCCGACACCUACAUCAGCCCGGCAGCAUCUGGGACCUGGACCCAUCGCCGGGGGAUACCCAGCUCCGGUCGCUAUGUGAGCGGGUGACGCUCCCGGCCCGGCCCCAGCCCCGGCCAUCGCCGCUGCCGUAGGCGCCGCCAUGCCCAGCCCCGUGCGCCGGCCGCCCGGCGCCGCCGCUCUGCCCAUGCUGCCCGCGGACGGGACGGCGCUGCUGCGGGCCGUGGCCCAGGGCAAGUUCCGCCUCACGCGGCUCUUGCUGGAAGGAGGAGCCUACAUCAACGAGGGCAACGCCGCGGGGCAGACGCCGCUGAUGGCCGCUUGCCGCGCCGGCUACGCCGACCCCCUGGAGCAGCCGCGGAUGGUGCGGUACCUGCUGGAGAACGGCGCCGACCCCAACAUCCCCGACAAGACGGGGAUGACGGCGCUGAUGCACGCCUGUGCCGAGCGCGCCGGCCCGGCCGUGGCCACGGUGCUGUUGGCUCACGGCGCCGACCCCAGCGCCCGCGACUACGCCGGAGCCUCCGCUUUGGUUUACGCCAUUAACCGCGGGGACCGGGAGACGCUGCAGGUGCUGCUGGAUGCGUGCAAGGCUCGGGGGAAGGAGGUGAUCAUCAUCACCACAGACACCUCCCCGUCGGGCACCAAGACCACGCGGCAGUACCUCAACUCGCCGCCGUCGCCGGGGCUGGAGGAGAAGCGCUCUCCGGCGCUGUGCAUGUCCCCGUCCGACAUCGAGCUGCGCACGGCCGCGUCCCCGGCGGGCAGCGAGAAGGAGGAGGAGAGGGACGUGUUCUGCUUCCCCCCCCCGCCGCCGCCGCCCCCGGCACCGGGCACCCCCAGCGCGGAGCCCCCGCGCUCCCGAGGGCGGCCGCUGAAGCGCCUCAACUCCGAGCCCUGGGGGCUGGCGGCGCCGGGCCCGGAGGGGACGCGGGCCCCCCCCGAGCGCCUGGUGGCGGGGCUGGAGGGGCUGAGCCUGGGCGGGCGCCCGCGGCGCCACAGCGUGGAGGGCCGGGAGGCGGCGGGGAUGGCGGGGCCCGCCUGGGCCGAGCGGGUGCCCCCCGCCUGCCCGCAGCCGCUGCCGCGCCGCAACACGGCCCCGGAGGCGGCGCCGUGGCUCAAACCGCUCCGCUUCGAGGCGGAGGGGGCCCCGUGGGGCGCUUCCCCGCCGCUGCCCGGAGCCGAGUCCCCCCCGCACGGCCCCCGCCGCCGCCCCCCGGGGCUGCUGGAGCGCCGCGGCUCCGGGACGCUGCUGCUGGAGCCGCUGGGCUCGGGCAGGGCCGGGUUCCUGCCGCCGCUGCCGGCCGGGCCCCGCGGGCCCCCCGGGCGCAGGCUGCUGCGGCGGCACUCGAUGCAGACCGAGGAGAUGCGGCUCCUGGCCGGCUUCCAGAGCAGCCCGGCCCCGGAGCCGGGCACUUAGAGCCGCCCCCGUCCGGUCCCGUCCCGUCCCGCGGCAGGCGGGGCCGUGUUCACUCUGAACCCUACCGAUGGCUUCGGCCGCGCUGCUGCUGUGGGCAUUUUGCACGACCCCAAAGCCGCUGAGGAGCCCGUGUCCGGCUCCUCCCCCCGCCCCGCAUCUUCCUCCCGCUCCCUCCUCAUCCACCCGCUCCUCCUCCCCGCUGGGUGCCAGUGCUGGGGGCCAGGGGGGGUCACGCUGUCGGUGUCCUGGUCAAUAAAGGCCCGAGCACAGCUCA